UUUGGCAGUGACAUAGUAAUCACCUUCUCCAGAUGAUAAUGAUAAGUGUCCAUAUUUUGCUGUGAUAUAUUGUUUGAUGACUGAGUUGUAGUUACUGAAUCGUCCAAUUUUUUUAAAUUUUACCCAUGUAUUGUUUAUUUUACUCUUAGUAAUUAACGCCUUUAAAAAAGUUUUCCUAUAUUAUAUGGUAUACGGUAGUGGAUCUUGUGAGAUAUGGGAAACCAUAAUAGUCACGACAAGCCUAGCACAGAUGGAAGCGGCAGUGGGGCUAGUACACCUCGAGGGUCGACUCGUGGAGCUAGAUCGGGUUCCAGCGGAGAGCUACAAGGUCACACAGAUAAGCCGGAAGCACCUGCGCCCUUGUCGCUCGUGCCUGUAGAAAAAUUAGGAAAGUUGCUGGCCCAACGGUCACAAAAGGAGGAUGGUGUCAAUGGUGUCACAGAAAAUUCUUUUACGAAAUAUCUAUUUCCUCGGUAUCCGGAGCUGGCCCGUCAGUUCUAUUGGUAUAUCCACAGGCUGGGCAAGUGCAAGAAUAAGCAUAUCCCCCUAAACACUUUCCGCCACCAAUGCGAACGGAUCCUAGCCAUACUGGAUGACAAUAUUAUUAUUGAUACAUAUGUCAGAAUGUUCUGCACGGAUCCUGAAGAAGCUAAGGUAACCCCAGAAGAUUUGCGUAGUCUACUUUAUGUCAGCUAUAAACUGUCUAUGGACUACUAUCCAGAAGGACCCCAGACCUGUAUGCAGAUAAACAAGACGUUAAAUGCGGUAGUCAAUGGAUGUUACAAUAAGAAGGAGUCACACAGUGUUGGAUUUGUGGUACGCUGGUUGGAGGAACAUUGCCAUCGACUCAUCUUUCCUGUACAUAGAUACUGCGUCCACUUAUUAGCCACUCGUCACCGUGAAUUGGAAUCCCAACUGGAGUCCAGUCCCGGUGAAAGUGGAACUGGAAUUGAGUUGGCCACGCCCGUAUUGGACCGAGUGGGACCACGUGCUGCAUUAUUGCCUGUUUCUGCUGCUUGGCUGGUCGCUGCAACAUUGUCACAGUUAUACACCCGCCCGCUAAAGCCUCCACCGGUAACAACUAGUGGUGGGGGCAGCGCGAGCGCAGCCUGGAUGUCGAGACUAGUAUGUGCGUUGCCUUCACAUUGGGUGCCGCUUUACUCAUCUAACGAACACGGCCUGGGAGCCAAUCGUUUUUUGCAUCAUACGCUGGCUUAUAGAGGUCCUACGCUAGUGGUGGUGUCUGGAAAGGCGGAAUGUGGUGAAACAGUAACAGUGGUGGUGGCGUCGCCGCAGGAGUGGCGGGAAACGCAUCAGUAUUGUGGUGGACCAGACUGUGCCCUAGUACAGCUUUAUCCAACGUUCUCACUGGUUGAGCGCGGUCCUCGAAUGCUAUACCUUAACACGUGUAUACGCGGCUACCCAAAAGGACUUCGCGCUGGUGCUGACCCUCGAUCGCCACAACUUUCUGUUAACGAGGGCUUUGAUGGCUUUACGUUUAAGGGAGCGCCUUAUCCACUUAAUGCUAUUGAGGUCUGGGGUUGCGGCGACGGUGCAUUACGCGAGUCACAGUUGGACGUCAAGAAGUGGCAAGUAAAAGAGGCUGAGCGGCAUAGAAAUGUAAAGAUAUCGGCAGCUGAUUGGAUCGAACAUCCUGAUAGAUAUUUACUUGAAAUGGCCGGCCGCCCUCAGUAUAAUACAACUGCUUCAUAGGGAAAUGGACUAACGGUUAAUACAACAUUUCAUUGUUAGCGCAUUGACCUAAUUUUGAGGAUAUACAUUGAACUUAUCCUCAAAAAUCGUGAUUGACAUUAAAAUAUGUACUUUUCAGCUUUGAAAUUUAACAUAGAUAAAUGUAAUGAUUAAAGUGCCUUUGAGGGUCUAUUAAAUUGUUUUUAUAUUCAACAUUAGAUAUUUUGUGUCCCCAAAAACUACAUUCAAAAAAUAUAAUGUAGUUUAUUUGACCGUUUGCUUAAAAACUCAGACUUUUUUUAGGUUAGGUAUAUAUAAUAUAUACCAGCAUGUUAUUAAACAUUUUUUUUGUUGUUGUAAAAACAAAGUAUUUGUCCAUAAUGCGAUUAUAAGAUAAAUCUCUUUUAACUUGUCAUGGUUAACAUUUAAUACUUAAACGGUAUAUUGUUUUAAAAAAUUAUACACAUUGAUAAAAACAUGGUUUGUAUAAUUAGACAGUAUAGUACAGGUAAGUUCAUAUAAAGGUCAGAAUAAGGAUACAAGCUUCAAAUUGUGGCUUUGAAUGUGUGCCAAUGUCAAUGAGUUAUAAUUACAAUUAAAUAUUUGUUAAAAAAAAUCAAAUACUUACAAAAACUUACAAAGCCUCUAAACUAUAUUUUAUCUUUACAAAUGUUAUUUCUUAUUUCAUGCUAUACUCGUCAAGUCAAUUGUGUGAAUUGUUCAUACUAUGUAAAAGACAGUCUUAUGUUAUUUAAGUGUAUAUGAAUGAUAAUUAAUGUGUGUAAUGUUUUACUUCUAAGCCCAUUCUGUAUAUUUUAUAGCCGUUUGCGUUUUUGUGUUCUGAGUAUUGAUAGCAGGAAAAAGUAUUAAUUAAAUACAAAUGAUGAGAAUCACACUUCUAUGAUGGUAUUAUUCACUAAUGUGAAAAAUAAAAUUGUUAUUGAUACUAAUUAUGUAUAUUUUUUAUUCAAUUUUCAAAUGCUUAAUACGUUAACAAUGGCUUUACUUUCAAAACUUGUAUGGCUAUCCACUAUUUUCCCUUACAACCUUUAUAUUUAACUUGAAAUAUAACUGUUGUUAUUUGUAGGUGCUUACAGUGUUCAUGUCAUGUUUGGUGCUCUGGUUUUUACAUAGAUAUCAAUACUUUUUUUUUAAAAUUGUAUUUGAAUGUGAAAUCUGUGAUUGAAUGUUAAUUAUGAAACACUUUUAAUAUUAUUUUAAAUAUGCACAGGUACUUAUCUUAGUACAGAUAAUUAAUCUAUUACAAUUUGCUUAUGUACACAUUGUAUUAUAAUUGUUUAAGUAAAGUAUUUUAA